AUGGCUGACUCGGUGGAUUCUGCACCCCCACGGCCAGAUCAGUGGUCUGUUGCUGAUGUGGUCUACAUAACACUGGUGACGCCCCUAAUCCUGGCAGCCUUUGCUGAAUGGUUCCUCUGGCUCGGAGCCUUCCUCUUCGGCCUCGUCAAUGUCUAUCGAAAAGCCGAGCACUGGACUACUCGUGCUAUUGCGGUUUUCAUCAUGAUCCUAUUCUCAAUGCUUCGUUCCAUCUUUCUUCCGGUGAUGAUCGUCACUCUUCCCCUACCUAAUAACAUUACUCGUCACUUCUCCUGGGCCCUGGUCAACGUCCUACAAUGGUUCGCUUUUUAUAUGUUCUCGGUGCUACUUCUCGUUCCGUGGGCACUCUGCCUGUACAGACUCAUCACCAGCGAGAUCGGUCGGUCCAAGAGAAUCAAAGAUGUCCUACACGAUACAGCUGCCCCAAAGGUGGUAGUGGUCAUGCCGGUCUACAAUGAAGAACCAGGAAUUUUGAUCAAAGCAAUACGAUCAGUGGUCGGGAGCGAUUAUCCUUCGUCGUGUCUCCAUGUCUUUCUAUCAUUUGAUGGAGAACCAUCUGAUCAACUAUGGGACUCGAUCGCCAUGCAACUAGGCAUUCCUCUCGGCGUCAGUAAGAGGGCUCAGAGCAUUGAUGCCAUCUACCACUCAGUCCGAGUAACAGUUAGCAGGUUUCCACACGGUGGCAAGCGGCACUGUCAGAAGAGAACCUUCAAGCUCAUUGAUCGAAUUUAUGCUGACUAUCUCGCUCGGCACGAUGACUUAUUCAUCCUUUUCAUUGACUCGGACUGUAUUCUGGACAAAGUAUGCAUUCAGAAUUUCAUGUAUGACAUGGAAUUGAAGCCGGGAAGCGGGCAUGAUAUGAUAGCAAUGACCGGAAUCAUCACGUCUACAACGAAAACCAUGUCUUUGAUUACGAUCCUUCAGGACAUGGAGUACAUUCAUGGUCAGCUAUUCGAACGCUCCGUUGAGUCCACCUGUGGUUCGGUCACCUGUCUUCCUGGUGCCUUGACUAUGUUACGAUUCUCGGCAUUUCGCAAAAUGGCAAAAUACUAUUUCGAAGACCAGAUCGAUAAGGUCGACGACUUUUUCGACUACAUCAAAUGUUACUUGGGCGAAGAUCGCUGGUUGACCCAUUUGUUCAUGGUGAGCACCGUGAAGCGAAACCAGAUACAGCUCUGCACGGGUGCAUUCUGCAAGACGCAAGCUGUACAGACAAUGAGCAGCUUAAUCAAGCAGCGGCGUCGCUGGUUUCUCGGGUUCAUUUCGAACGAAGUCUGUAUGCUUACCGACGUGAGGAUUUGGAGGCGUUAUCCUUUGCUAUGUAUCAUACGCUUCAUGCAGGAUACUAUUCGGACUACAGCCUUGUUAUUCUUUAUCAUGAUACUCUCGGUCUCGACUACUUCCACGAGCCUUGCUAGCCUGCCGCUCGGUUUCAUUGCGAUUUCCUUGGGUUUGAACUAUGCACUGAUGCUCUAUUUCGGGUAUAUUCUACACCGAUUCAAGGCGUGGCUGUAUCCCCUGAUGUUCUUGCUGAAUCCGUUCUUUAACUGGCUAUAUCUUGUCUACGGAUGCUGUACAGCUGGUAAGCGUACUUGGGGUGGGCCGCGAACAAAUGCACCCAAGGCAGAUGUACACACCACACCUCGCGAAGCUACGGAACAAGCAGAAGCCCAAGGUGAUGAUCUCAAUGUAGAUGUCUCCACGUUCCGCGAGUAUGGCAAUGCCACCAUCGGUGUCCCACUACAUCCGACGGAGAGCGUAACAAACCGUUUGGCGAACGAACCAAAUUAUGAUGGCUCGUGCGAUUUUAAUCUUGAGUCCGAGCUUUCUUUGAUGGAACAUGAUCGGGAAGAAUCUGCGAUUCCAGAGAUUCCUCUACAUCCAAGAGCCUCGUUUGAUUCUACCACAACCGAUAGUUACCCAAUUAGUCUGCCGCUGCCCGUGGAGAGUUUGGUUGAAGAAGAGCGGAAACUCCAAGAUCUUCGUGACUUCGACAAGCAGACAUUGGACAGUGAUAGUGGGGUACAGCUCCAAACGCCUGUGAGGAAACCGAACUACCGCAGAGACAGCUUGAGUUUUCCAGGCAGACAGCGCGAUUUUGGUCCCCGAUCCUCGACAACCCUGUCAGCAAUGUCUCGAAUCGAUAGUUCCGGAGAGAUUCACAUGGACCCUAUGAGGCAAUUAGCACCAUUGCACCUGACCCCCAGCCCAUUGGGUCAAAGCUGUAUGCAAAAUACGGUCCCCGAAGAUGACGACCACGAGCCAACUGUGCGAGCGCCGCUAUUCGGUGGGAUCGGCAGAAGGUCAAUCAAGAAAGGCCGGCUUCUCUUCACUCUGGGAAGAAAGUCGGGAAGUCAGUGA